UGGAAUUUCAAAAAGACAACAAUGAAAGUCUUCGUAUUGUUAUUUUUCAUCGCUGCGGCAAACGCUAAGCUUCUUAUUGAAAAAUGGGAAAUGCAGGUUGACAGUACUUAUUCUGAUGUUAAAUAUAGCGUCAAAGAUCAAACCUAUAUGACAAUUGAUGCACAUACAUUAAAGGCUGCUGAUGAUGUCGUUAUUGAAGCAGCUGUCUACUCAAAAGUUGACGGCGUUUUUAACCCGUUUGUAAAACCAGAGCCAAUUCAUGUCUGUAAAAUUCAUGAGCAUGAAGAUCCUUUGAUUAAAUUUAUCCAUGAUGAAAUCAUCAAAUUCGGAAAUAUCACGAAGGCAUGUCCAGUCCACGCCAACCAUUACUACUAUCUUCAUGAUUUCCGUGUAUUAGAACAAGACUUCCCAAUGCCUUUACCAGCUGGAGAAUUUCGUGUUGAUGUCAACGCAUCUUACAUUGAAGGUGGAAACAUGAGACACGUUGCAUCAAGUGAGACUUAUUUCAAGAUUGUACCAUGAAUUGUUAAAAUAUAUUCAUGACCAAAAAGCUAAUCAAAUCAAUAUUUUAUAUUUUAUAAAUAAAUUAUUA